UUUACUAGCGCGGAGUUUGUUUAAACUUUUGGUAAACUUUAGUAAAUGAUAAAAAUCUUAUAGAACACAUUAGAGCGCGAGAACAUGAAUAAAAUCCCGUCACACCCCUCGGCGUGGAGUUUACCGCGGCGGAGGAUAAGGGAAGGGUUCAGGGCCGCUCUGCCUAUCAGUGUGUGUGUAAGCGUGAAAGUCUGUGCUCGGGAGUGAGAGUGAGUGUGUGUGUGUGUGAGAGAGAGAGGCAGCGGCGGGGGGGCGUAAUUUAGUCCGACCAACAAAUACCCAAAUCAAGGAGAAGCGGAUGAUCAAACAGAACUAAAAAAAAAUUUUUUUCCAGAUAAGAAACCAAAUGGGGAAUCUUUUAAAAGUGCUCACUUGUACAGAGCUUGAUCAGGGGCCAAACUUUUUCCUUGACUUUGAAAAUGCGCAGCCCACAGAGUGCGAGCGUGAUGUGUGGAACCAGGUGAACGCUGUCCUCCAGGAAUCUGAGAGCAUCCUGUCACUCCUGCAGGCAUAUAAGGGAGCGGGACAGGAGAUACGAGAUGCUAUACAGAAUCCCAGCGAUUUACUGCUUCAAGAAAGGGCAUGGAACUCUGUGUGUCCCCUCGUCAUCAGACUCAAAAAGUUUUAUGGUUUCUCACUAAAACUGGAAAAAGCCCUGCAGAGCCUGUUGGAGUCGCUGACCUGUCCAUCUUACACCCCCACUCAGCAUCUGGAGAAGGAGCAGGCCCUAGCCAAGCAGUUCGCAGAGAUUCUGCACUUCACACUCCGCUUCGAUGAGCUCAAGAUGCGAAUUCCUGCUAUCCAGAACGACUUCAGCUACUACAGACGAACGAUUAGUCGAAACAGAAUAAAUAACCUGAAUCUGGACAUUGAAAAUGAAGUCAACAAUGAAAUGGCGAACAGAAUGUCGCUUUUUUAUGCCGAGGCCACACCGAUGCUUAAAACCCUGAGCACAGCGACUACGAACUUUGUCACCGAGAAUAAAACGCUGCCCCUAGAGAACACCACAGACUGCCUGAGCACCAUGGCCAGUGUGUGUAAGGUCAUGCUGGAGACUCCAGAGUAUACCAGUCGGUUCAACAGCGAAGACACACUCCUCUUCUGCAUGAGGGUGAUGGUGGGCGUCAUCAUUCUCUAUGACCACGUGCAUCCCAAUGGUGCCUUCACCAAAUCCUCGAAAAUAGAUAUGAAAGGAUGCAUAAAGGUUCUGAAAGACCAGCCCGCUGAUAAUGUUGAAGGGCUCCUUAAUGCCCUGAAAUUCACCACAAAGCAUCUGAAUGAUGAGUCCACUCCAAAAAAUAUCCGAACAAUGCUCCAGUAACCUUUUUCUUUAUGUGAAGAGGAUCAGUAUACAGACCUCAAGAUGUAUAUGUUUACAUUUAUUUAAGAAAUUGAUGUUAAUACUUCUGUGUAUUUACAUAGCCAUUCCCUCCAAUAUAAAUUAAAUUAAACUGUCUAUACUUUGUCAAAGCCCAAAUAAAUCCAUAUAGCCUUAUAAAUAAAUAAAAGUUAAUAAAACUUCAUAUAUAUCGAUGUGGUUAUACAUAUCGCCCUAAAACCAAGAAUGGCGAUUAUUUUUUAACCAAAGUAGCUAAUGCGUUGUGGAGUGUCUGUAUUCAGGGAAGUAAAAUGAUAAGUUACAAACAAAAGUGUUCUCAGUGGCUAAUUCAAUUCGAAAGUGGUGGUGCUUUUGUUUCCGGAGCAGUGAAGAAAAUUCAUGAAUUAUGUCAGAUGUUCUGCUUUUUUUCUUUUCCUUUUUUAAAGAUUUGUAUUUUUCCAAAAUGUUGUGUGUACACUUUUUUUUUUUCUUUGUGUUGUGUGCUGCUGUUUGUGUCUCUGCCUUUAAUACACUCAUUACUCAAUGCCACAGCUUUAAAAUUUGAAAUAAAUGGACCUUUUCAUUACAUUUUAA